GCCCGGGGCGGCCUCAGAGAGACCCGAGCUGGAGGAAGGAGCCGCGCCUGGGCGUUGUGUCCCCCCCCCCCACAGCCCCCCCCCCCUUUCCUCCCUUCCCCUGGACCCCCCGCAUCAAGAUGCGCCCGCGAAGUUUGCAGUCCGAGCAGGCCCCGUGCUCAGGGCCCCGGGCUCGGAAUCGUAGCAAUGCUUUUCCAGCCGGAGGAAGCGAGCGUUAGAGAGGUCUGCCUCUUCCCAGCCGUGUGAUCUGAUUAAGUCCCUUCAACUCCCAGAGCCUCAAACUCAAGUUUGUCGGAAGAAAUAAAUGCGAGACUGUGUUAGAAGUCUGUUAAACUUUGUAAACGAUUGCUGCCUUUCUCAAGCCCUCUGCGGCAGCUGCGUUGAGCAUUUUACGUGUCAUCUCAACCCCAGAGUUUAGGGUUCUCAUUUUUAUUCUGCCUGUGAGCGAAUUUGGACUCUGAGGGGGUACAGUGACUUGCCCAAGGUCACAGAGCAAGUGGGUGGUGGAACCAGGAUUCAGUGCUAGGAGAGGCCGACUGCAAAGCCCAUGCUUUUAACCACUAAGCCACUGCUUCUGCCCUUAUUUACAGUGUUAGAAUUGUUGUUAAUGCCUGGGUUGUCAGUUUGCUGCCUGUGGGAAUAUGAAUAUACAUAAAGUGAGUUACAAUGCUCUAAAGUUAUUCCUAGAAAGAUGAGAGGCCCCGGCAUCAAUAUGCUUUAGAUUUGGGACAGGCUUUCCCAGAAGUAUGGGAUUCCUUUCAUUCCUGUGGAAAGGAAUCGGAGCUGGUAUUGCACACUUCAUCAAUAGGUUAGUGCACCAGGAAAUUAAAAUGGGAAACCGAGGGAACUACUGAUUGUUAUGGUCAAAAUUUCUCUAAAGGAAACUCCACAAAGAAGAAUGUCAGAUGCAGGGGAGUCCCCACUAGAAGAAGCAGAAGAAGAUGGAGAAACAGAAAUGGAAGAAGAGUAUAACCAAUAUUACAGAGAGGUGGAAAGUGUGCAACAGGAAUUAAAAGAAGAUGACAUAUUAGUACGGAAAGAGCCUCAGCAGGAGGGGGAGCAAGAGGAGGAGGAAGAGGAAGGAGAGGAGGAAGGGAGAGAGGAAGAGGAAGAGAAGGAAGGAGAGGAGGAUAGAGAGGCCGUCAGAGAAGAAAUAGAGGAAAAGCCUGGAGCAGCCCAGGAGGAGGGGGCUGCGGGACAGGAAGAAACCACAGUGAAGCCUCCAGAAGUCACCAAGUCCAUGACCAGUUUGAAGAGACUUACAUUGACUGAUUCCCAGUCAGUCAUGUCAGGAACUUCCCUAAGAACCCUUAGCGAGUCAAAGCAUUCAUUAGAAUCAGAGCAUUCUGAAACAAAUGAGCUUUUAAGAGACUUGAGCUCAGAACUAAGAUUUCUUGAUUUGGAUCAAACCCGUUCUGAGGAACAAGAUAUUAGUUUCCCUGAAACACAGUCCUCAAGUGAGCUCAGGGAGAAAAUCGACCAGAUGCCCCAAGAUGAAUUGGGACGAGAAAGGAGAGAAGAGAAAAGAUUAUCAUACUUAAGUGACGAACAAGAGAAGGAAUUCCAGUCCAAAGCAGAGAUCCCGGAGAAAUCACUGGUGUCUGCCAGCGAGGACAUUUUGUUUCAAAAGGAUGACCAUGCCAACGUGUAUCCUUUGACCAUGACUUGGUCUUUCGGAUGGAACAGUUCUCUUCCUGUUUACUAUAUUCGAGACGAAAACCAGAGAGUUCUUCUGUAUGUCUGUGCUCACACUGCGGUCAUCUACAAUGUUUUCAAGAAUACUCAGCACCAUCUUCAGGGCCACCCUAAUGUGAUCUCCUGCCUCUGCAUCAGUGAAGACAGGCGGUGGAUUGCCACGGCUGACAAAGGGCCCAACUGCCUGAUAAUUAUAUGGGACUCCUUCACAGGCAUUCCUGUGCACACGAUAUUUGACAGCUGCGCAGACGGCAACGGCAUCGGGGCCAUAGCCAUCACCCGGGACGCCAAGUAUCUGGCAACCAUCUCGGAUGCUGAAAUCCAGAAAGUUUGCAUCUGGAGGUGGACUUUAGCAGUGGAAACGCCAGCGUGUACGCUCAACCUUCCUAAAGAGUAUGGUGUUCAGAACUACCUUACGUUUAAUCCAACAAAUAAUAAAGAAUUGGUGAGCAAUAGUAAAACACAGGCAAUAUAUUAUUUGUGGUAUGAAGAGGGAAAUAUACUUGCUUACAGUGCCCCACGUUUAACAGAAAAAACAUUCAACAAGCUUGUGGGAAAAUUCAGCCAGUCAGUCUUUCAUUUGAAUUUAACACAAAUACUCUCAGCAACAAUGGAAGGGAAGCUGGUUGUCUGGGACAUACACCGCCCGCCAUCCUCUGCCUCCGCCUUGGUGGGCUCUCCUCACAUUAAACCUUGUAAAUUGGUUCAUUUGCAGAAAGAGGGCAUCACUGUGCUCACUACAGUUGAUAGCUAUAUUGUCACAGGUGAUAUUAGAGGCAACAUUAAGUUCUACGAUCACACCCUGUCCAUUGUUAACUGGUACAGCAACUUCCAACUGAGCUCCAUAAGGACCCUGUCGUUUUCAAAGACCCCAGCAGCUCCGCCCACUGAAAAAUCAAACUAUCCUCCAGACUGCACUUUAAAAGGUGACCUUUUUAUUGUAAGGAAUCUUAUCAUUGGAACAUCUGAUGCAACAGUGUACCACUUAACGACAGAUGGGACCAAACUUGAGAAGUUAUUCGUGGAGCCCAAGGAUGCGAUUUGUGCCAUCUCCUGCCACCCAUACCAACCCCUCAUCGCCAUUGGGAGUUUCUGUGGGAUGAUCAAAGUGUGGGAUUACGAAAAGAAAAAGUACCUUUUCAGCAGGGUCUUUGAGAAGGGGCUUGGCGUCCAGAGUCUAACCUACAAUCCUGAAGGAGCCCUUCUUGGGGCUGGCUUCACUGAGGGGACAGUUUAUAUUCUUGAUGCAAUGUCCCUAGAAAACCAAAUCCCAGAGCCUUUCAAAUAUUCCAGAACCAACGUGACUCAUAUCAGCUUCUCCCAUGACUCCCAGUACAUGGCAACUGCUGAUGUACACUUUACUGUGGCUGUUUACAUGGUGGUAGUCAAAAAUGGACACCGGGUUUGGGAAUAUCUGGCAAGGCUUCGUUCUCAUCGCAAAAGCAUCCGCAGUCUCCUGUUUGGGGUUCAUCUGGACAGCAAUGAGCCGAGACUGCUGAGCCUCGGGAGAGACAGGCUCUUGAUUGAAUAUAAUCUUCUCAAGAGCUACAGAGACAACCUGGAGGUCCUGGACAUUCACCGCACCGACCAGGGCAACUAUCCCACCUGUAUGGUCUGGUACCCACCACUCACCAAGGAACUCUUCCUGCUCAUUUGCAACAGUGGCUACAAAGUGAAACUUUUUAAUUCUACCACCAAAAUGUGCAGAAAGACACUUCUUGGGCCGGUUUUUGGGUCUCCCAUUGAGCAGAUACAAAUCCUCCCAGUGAAAACCGCCUUGGAACUGCAGAAACGCUACAUGGUGUUUAUUAACAGAGACAAGGUUGGACUUCAGAUCUUACCAGUUGAUGGCAAUCCACACAAGACAUCCGCUGUUAUAUGCCACCCCAACGGGGUGGCGGGAAUGGCCCUUUCCUACGAUGGCUGCUAUGCCUUCACAGCUGGAGGACAGGAUCGAUCGGUGGUGCAGUGGGAAAUCAACUUAAGUGCUCUGGAGGCAGCAGUUUCUCUUGGGGGCGAAGACUUGACCCCGUUCUAUGGUCUGGUGCCUGGUGGCAGGGAAGGAAAAUUCUACAGGGAGCUGGAAGACUAUUUUUACUAUUCUCAGCUCCGUAGUCAAGGUAUUGAUACAAUGGAGACCAGGAAGGUGUCGGAACACAUUUGCCUGUCAGAGCUUCCUUUUGUCAUGAGAGCAAUUGGCUUUUACCCAUCGGAAGAAAAGAUUGAAGAUAUGUUUAAUGAAAUCAGAUUUAGUGAGUAUGUGGACACUGGAAAGCUAAUUGACAAAAUCAACUUACCGGAUUUCUUCAAAGUUUACCUCAAUCACAGACCACCUUUCGGUAACACCAUGAGCGGCAUCCAGCAGAGCUUUGAUGUUCUUGGUUUUACCAAUUCAAAAGGAAAGAAGGCCAUACGAAGAGAAGAUUUCCUGAAACUGCUUCUAACGAAAGGUGAGCACAUGACCGAAGAGGAGAUGGGCGACUGCUUUGCUACCCUGUUCGGACUGAAUCCUGAGGGGUGGAAAUCUGAGCCUGCGGCCUCCUCUGUCAAAGGUUCAGAAAUCUGCUUUGAAGAAGAACUUCCAGACGAAAUCACUGCAGAAAUAUUCACGACAGACAUUCUUGGCCUAACCAUUUCACAAGAUUUCAGACAAGAUCCUAUGGUCGUGACAAGCAAGACAAGACUGAGAGACCAUCACAGACCGGAGGAGACUAGGGAGACAUGGUGGAGAAAGGCAAAACGGGAUCCCAGAACGGAUUUCCGGAACAGGAGGAGGAUGUUGGGGAAAGCAUGCAAUCCAGGUGAGGUCUCUAGUGUAGUUACCAGCUUUGCAGCCUUGUUCAUUUCUUAGUUUUGAUCACAAUAUAGUGGUUACAUAGCGUAUACACACCUGGGAAGCUGGGGGAGUGGUCCCUGGGAACUCUCUCUUCUACCUUUGCAACUCUCCUAUAAAUCUAAAAUUAUCUUGGGGCACCUGGGUGGCUCAGUCAGUUAAGCGUCCGACUCUUGUUUUGGCUCAGGUCAUGAUCUCAGGGUCGUGAGAUGGAGCCCCGCAUCAGGCUCCAUGCUCAGCGGGGAGUCUGCUUUAAAUUUUCUCUCUCCCUCUCCCCUUCCCCACACUUUCUCUCUCUCUCUAAAAUAAUAAAUAAAUCUUCUAAAAAAUCUAAAAUUAUCUCAAAAUUAAAACUUAAAAAAAAAAAAGAAAUCUGCACCACCUUUCUGACUGAGUCACCCCUGAAUCGUUUCUGUGCUCUGCCCUGCACCUCUCCAUUCUCAAGCAAACACUCCUGAAGCUAGUCAGGGCCGGCUGCUUUGGGGUCACCCCACUUGCUGUCUAUCCUCUGCAAACAUGAGCCUCUGCUGCACUUCCAGGCAAUGCAGACAAGAAGGGUCUUUUUUUUAAAGAUCUGUGUCCUUAAGCCAUGGCUACCCUCAACACUGGUGUUUUCGGCCUGAACACGUUCUUUAGGGAUUUGGCCAACAGUUCCCCUGCAGGCAGCUGCUUCCAAAUUGACUGUAAUAAAUAGAUACAGGGCAUUGGGAAUUAACAGCAAGUUGCCACCCUACUCGUAUGUCAUAGAACUACCCUCUGCUAGCUUAGCCUAAAGGAAAAAAACAAAAUACAAAAAACAAAGCCAGGGUCUCCUGGUUGGCUCGGUCGGUAGAGCGUGCGACUCUUGAUCUCGGGGUUAUGAGUUCGACCCCUACGCUGGGGGUAGAGAUUGCUUAAAAAUAAAAUCUUAAACAACAACCCAGGUCGAUGUGACAUUCUUCCAUGGCAGUGCAAUACAGAGUAUAACGACCGACUGACCUCACAGGACAGCUAAGAGCGGGGUCCCUGUGCCCUUUAGCUUGUUAUCCUGAGCCGCUGAUCGGUGAGGCAGGCCUCCUGCCUUUCUCGGUCACAAUGGGUACUUAGUGCCCCGGUCCGUUCUUGGUGGUUUGCAAUGACCAGUGGUGCGGUUGGGGGUGGGGGGGAGUUCAACAUCCGAGAUGUCGCCACGGAAUGUGGUUGUCCCAAGUCCU